UCUUUUCGCAUCCAUGUUCCUCACAAUACACAACUAUAUGAAUCUAAAGUCACGUGUGAUAAAAUAUGGAGGAAAAUAAAUUUAAGCAUUCAAUCAAAGUACCAACACAAUAUAGGCGUGUUGCUGCUGUUUUAAAGGCGGCACUGGAACGAAAAAAAUCGCUUAAGUCUUUAAUUUUCGAAGAAAAGCAUGCACGUUUGCGAGGUAUGCAAGCGAUAUUAAAGCAGUACAUUGACAACCGAGGAGUAAUUGACGAAGCAAUCACACAAACAAAGAUUUUGGAAGAAAAUCCACGAUUGAGUUCUGCUCUCUGCAAGAUUCUUGUGACAGAGCUUAUAUUUGGACGAAAAAAAUUGAUUGGUGAAAGUAAACCCGUUCUAACAGUUAGCCAAUAUCGCGAAAAACUUGAAGCAAACUUAGGCGGUGCAGUUGAUACCAAAAACAUAAAAGUUUUGAAGCCUCGCUAUGUACGUGUUAAUACCAAUUUGCUUAACAUGGCUGAUGUUUUUGAAAUGUUGGCAAUGGAGGAGUGGCGAAAAAAAAAUGUGGCGGACCCAAGAUCUUAUAACGAUUUCUUAGAAGCUAUAAGAGAGCUUGAGGAGGAUGAGUACAUGGUUGACAUGCAUUUGGAGGAUCUGUUGAUAUUCCAUUCGAAGCAAAAGCAUUACUGGGCUUGUCAUCCUUAUGUAAAGGAAAAAAAGCUCAUGCUUCAAGAUAAAGGGACGUGUCUUGUAGCAGAAUUGCUAAAUCCACCCCCAGGCGCUUUCGUACUUGACAUGUGUGCGGCUCCUGGAAUGAAAACCAUACAUGUUUCUAAUAUUAUGAAAAAUAAAGGAAAGAUUUAUGCUGUGGAGCAAAAUAUAGAACGUUAUAAUCUGCUCCGUAAUAUGACCAAUUUAGCAGGUUGUGAAAUAGUUGAUUCCAUUAACGCGGAUGCACUCACAAUUGAUAGUAAUCGUUGCCCAAAUGUGGAAUAUAUACUUGUUGAUCCAUCGUGCUCCGGAUCCGGUAUGCAAAAUCGGAUGUCCUUAGAUCCAGAUGAAAAAGAUCCUGCUCGUCUAAAACGUCUUGCUGGAUUACAGAUUAAAAUGCUUUCACAUGCUUUAAAAUCAUUCUCCAAUGUAAAACGAGUCGUUUACUCUACGUGCUCCCUCUAUGAAGAGGAAAACGAACAGGUUAUUCAACGUUGCUUAGAGUUAAAUCCCCAAUUUAAAUUACUCAGUGGAAAGAAAGCUUUGCGCAAUAAAUGGAAUAAUGUGGGUAACUCUAACUACAAAAAUAUAGGAAAGAAUUGUCUUUAUACAAAACCAGAUCAAGAUCACGCCGAUGGAAUAUUUAUAGCAAUAUUGGAAAAGAGGCAAUCCAAGGGAAAUGAUGAAUAAAUUGUAUACAUGAUUAUUUUAAAUAAAAAAUAUUAUCUACAGAAUA